UAUCAGACGAAGGACAAGGAACGAAAAACCCCAAUGGAUAAACCCUACAAGGUUUGAAUCAGAAGAAUGGCAUCACUUCUUCAACUUCCUCACUCUUUCUCACCAUUUUUAAACUCCCAGAACCCAAGAAUUCAGUUUCUAAGUUCUGCGAAGGUUGAAGCUUUACCAAGAGCCUCAGUUGAAACCAACGGAGCCGUUGAAACUCCAAAACCAACUCGUCGAGGCAGGAAAAAGAAGCCAACUUCAUCUUCCCCAGAAACUCCAACAGCGAAGAGAACAGGGCGCAAGAGAAAAACCCAGACUGAAAAUGGCUCAGUUGAAUCCGAAAGUGAGGGAGAAGAAGAGGAGCUAUCGGAUUUCGACGAUGGCAUGGAUUUUCCGUACGAUGAACCUCCUUUGAUCUGCUGCUUCGGCGCUGCACAGAAGGAGUUUGUACCCACAGUUCGAGUGAACGAAGAGCAGAUGCACCCGGACAAAUACUCCACCUGGAAAAUGCUUCAAUGGGACCCACCGGAGUUCGGGAGGGCUCCAGGUGGGCCACCUUCCAACGUGGCGAUAUCCCACGUUAGGCUUGGAGGGAGAGCUGCAUUCAUGGGGAAAGUUGGGGAAGAUGAGUUUGGCGAUGAGCUUGUUUUGAUGAUGAAUAAAGAGAGAGUGCAAACUAGAGGUGUUAAGUUUGAUGAGAAUGUAAAGACUGGGUGUACUUAUAUGAAGGUUAAGUUUGAUGAGAAUGGGAAGUUGAAGAUGGAGACUGUUAAGGAAUCUGCUGAGGACUCUCUUCUUAGCUCUGAAUUGAAUCUUGCUGUUCUCAAAGAGGCUAGGAUUUUCCACUUCAAUUCAGAGGUUUUAACUUCUCCUUCCAUGCGAUCUACACUUUUUAAAGCAAUUACAUGGUCCAAGAAGUUUGGGGGGCUCAUAUUUUUCGAUUUGAACUUACCAUUACCUUUGUGGAGAUCACGUGACAAAACAAGGGAGGUGAUCAAGAAAGCCUGGAACAAAGCAGACAUCAUUGAGGUAUCAAGGCAGGAGCUCGAGUUUCUACUGGAUGAAGAGUAUUAUGAGAGGAAGAGAAAUUACAGGCCUCAAUAUUACGCCGAAAGUUUUGAUCAAACCAAGAAAAGGCGAGACUACUAUCAUUAUACACGCGAGGAAAUCUCUCCAUUGUGGCACGAUGGACUUAAAUUUCUGUUCGUGACUGAUGGAACACUCAGAAUACAUUAUUAUACACCUUUGUUUGAUGGUGUGGUUGUUGGAACAGAAGAUGUGCUAAUAACACCGUUCACUUGUGAUCGAACUGGUUCUGGUGAUGCUGUUGUAGCUGGUAUUAUGAGGAAACUGACCACUUACCCUGAGAUGUUUGAAAAUCAAGAUGUCUUAGAGAGGCAGCUCCGCUUCGCAGUUGCAGCAGGAAUUAUAUCACAAUGGACAAUUGGUGCUGUGAGAGGUUUUCCUACCGAGAGUGCCACACAAAAUCUGAAAGAACAGGUUUAUGUACCUUCAAUGUGGUAGUUGAGAACCAGAAAACAUGAUAUCAGGUUUUUACUGUUUUUCUAUUAGACUAUGAGGCUUUGUAACCAAUGACUAUUUAUGAAAAGAGGAAAAGGCUGCAUGAAAUAUUUUCAUUCCA